CUUUCUCUCUCUCUCCCUCCAUUAAUGUUGAAGCAGGCUUCCUUACUGAUAAAACAAUCUCUCUCCCUUUGCUUCUUCGCUUCCUCUUCUCUUUUUCUUCGCUUCCUCGGCUUCCCCUUUAGGCAAAGCAAAUCAUCUCCGUCCGACAAUGGCCUUACACUGCAAAAUCACCUCUUCACUCUGCACUUGACCUCUCUUCUUCAACCCUCACUUCAGCCAUCUCCGAAUGCCCUACUCUUCUCGCUCUCUCUCAAGACCCCUCCUCUCUUGCAGCCCACCCACCACGGCCCUUGCUUCCAUGCCUUCGCAUUCAAAACAGCGAGCCCGACAGCCUCGGACUCGGCCCGGAUCGUUCGGAAAGUUUUCCUCUUCCUGCCCAGGGUCAAUCCGGCCGAGGGUCACGCCCAGAUUAAGGAAGUGAAGUUCGUGAAGAGCAGUGGGAGGGCCAAGGAUUGUCCCGAAAUGGGAGGCCCGAGUUUGCAAUUAUGGGUCCGUCUAAUGGGGGCAAGUCUUGGCAUAUCAAUGCUCUGGUUCAGAGGAAGAAGGAAGUUACAGUUAAAUCCAAGAAACCAGGCAAGAGAGCUUAUAAAUCACUUCUUGGUGAACAAGAGUUGGUACGUUGUGGAUUUGCUGGGUUACGGCUGACAGAGGAUACGAGUAAAAAUUACCAAGUCAGUGAGUAGAAUGUUGACAAACAAAGGUCGACUCAAGUGACAAAAAGGCUCCGUUGACAGAGUGGGAAUGAAGUAACCAUCCAAGUAUUGAAGCCAACAAUUUUGGAUGCAACUGCAUGACAGAUAUUCGUUAAAGGGGGAACUCAAGGCAAUCGUAGAGUAGUGGAGCCAAGAAGUUCAUGAGCAACUGAUAGUGAAAAUUGUGGAAAAGUGGAAAAGACAACUGUGGAAGUAGCGGAGGAGAAGCAAUCAUUGAAGCGGUAGAGUGGUUCAUUUUUUAGUAACUGUUGGUAAUAGAGAUUGCUGAAUUGUAAGAAUUGCAUAGGGUAUAUUCAAUUUCUUUUUUAAUCGUUGAUAACUAUCGGUAGUAGAUAUAAAUACUUCAAUUGUAGUUUGUAGAAGAGACCGCCAAUCAAUCAAAGAAAACCAAUAGUUCAAUUUUUUCUUCC